AUGGCCAACCAUCUCAAGAAGCCAGCUUCGCUUCUUAGCGGUGCUGCUUCUGCUGUAACAACAACCGCUUCCGCGGCUGUUUCAGCCACUGUUUCUGGUGGUUUGCAGGCCGUAAGACAAGAUGUUGAUUCUCUUUUCAAUGUAGUGUCCAACAUUGUUAGGAGCUCAACCAACAUUGCUGACUCUCUUGACCUCAAGCAAGUGAAGUCCGUUGAUUUGGUAGAAGAUAACGUUCCCCAAUCUGCUCUCAAACCAUCUUACACUCUCCUUAAAGAGAUUGCCUGUCAGAUGACAUGUCAUUCAUUCAACACAUGGAACGCACAUGAGUCAGUGGUAGGGAUUCUUGAGAAGCUGAAGAGCUACACCUGGGAUGCUAAGGCAGUGAUAGCACUCUCCGCUUUCGCUUUGGACUAUGGAGAGACAUGGCGGCUGACACUGACGCAAGCGAGCAAGAAGGAGAACGCACUUGAGCUGCACGUGUUCAGGCUUGCACAAGAGGAGAAGAAGCUGAGCCAGUCGGAUUCAGAUCUCAUAAGCACUUUGGUUGACAGAACAUUGCAACUCAUAAAUGGUAUCAUCACUUUGGAGAAGCUCAUUGCCAACAAAUCAUACACUCCAAAGGACCUUCCAGCUCUCUUCAAAGCUCCUCGUGAUCUUUACACUUAUUGGAUUCUUCUCUCCCUUCUAGCUUGUGCCAAUCAAUUGUCUCAAUUGGAAUGGAACAUCAAAUCUGAAGUUGUUGCGAGGCUCAAAAUUGUUCUCACACAACUAAAUGCUGAUUUAGACGAAAUUAAACGCCAAAAAGAGGCAUUGGAAGAUUUAUCUUGGCGUUUUGAUGCCUUCAGAAUUCCUUCAGGAAUUGUCGAGCUUUUGAAAUCUCUUAUCUUUUCCAAAGAUGUUACUCAGCUUGAAAUUAUCAACAGUACUACUAAAGAGUUGGUUACUCUAGAUGAACUGAAAACAAAGAAUUUAUUUUUGUUCAUAUCUGGGCUUGACAACAUUGAAGAUGAGAUUUGGUCUCUAAAAGCCAUAUAUAAUUCAAUCAGCAAUGACAAAGACAAGAAGGAUUAUAAAAUUCUUUGGGUGCCUGUUGUGGAAAAUUGGACCAGUGAAGCCAAGGAAAAGUAUGAGCAUUUGAAGUCUUUGAUGCCAUGGUAUGUGGUGCAAUACUUCUCACUCAUCAAAGGUUACAAACCGUUGCAAGAAGAAUGGAAUUACACAGGUAAACCUAUUGUGGUGGCGGUUGAUGCUCGUGGAAAGGUUAUAAACAAGAACGCAUUGCACUUGAUCUUUGUGUGGGGCAUUUCAGCCUUCCCAUUUAGAAUUGAGGACGAGGAAAGAGUUUCCCAGCAUUGGAACUGGCUUUGGAUUGAAGCAUUUAAGAUUAAUGCUGAUAUUCAAAAAUGGGUGAGGCAAUACAAUGGGUACGUCUUCUUCUAUGGAGGUACAGACAUCACAUGGACUCAAAGGUUCGGCAAUCUUAUUGAAGCUAUGAAAAAGGACCCCAUCAUCAAACAAACAGAAUCAUACAUUGAACACUUCAACCUUGCAAAGGUUGACAUAACAAUUCAAACCAAGUUUUGGUUUAACAUAACCAACUCAUUCCUCAGCAAGACUCAAAAGGUUGACUUUAACCUAGACUCCACUCUCAAAGACAUUCAAACUCUUCUCUCCAUGAGAACCGAGAGGGGAUGGGCUCUUGUGAGCAAAGGCGAGAAUGUAAUCUUAAUUGACUUCAAUGAAGUGAUGAUGAGUGUGGUGGAAGGCUUCGAAAACUGGCGAACCAACAUAUCGAUGUCGAUAAGCUUCGACAUUGCUUUUAAGGACUACUAUGAUCAUGUUAGGAGAACUGUUCCUCGCCAUUGUCUCCAUUUUCAACUGGAGAACAUUCGCUCCGGCGUUCCUACCGCCUUCAAUUGCCCUGAUCCGACAUGUGGCCUGAAGAUGGAGAUUGAGUCUGUUAAGUACAAAUGUUGCCACGGCAUGCAUUAUGACGAACAUGCAACCGAAAAUGGUUCACUUGUUCCUAUAGCCACGGGUUCCUUGCAGACAACCAAUGAAUAUGUUAGCACCCCAAUCUCCAAGAAUAAAUUUACUUAACUAUAUGGGUUUUGGUAUAACUAAUCUUCCAAUAAAGUAGAUUAUGUGUUUGGAUUAUUAUGUUUUAUAUAUCAAUUAGAGUUUGUGCGAGUCUGUAAUGGCAUGCUAAGUCUUAGUGGCUUCAUGCAUGCCCCAUAAUUUGUACGCUUGUUAUGUAUUUGUAUUCAAUGAAAUAAAAGUUAGGUUGUGCACUGUUAAAAUCCUA